AAACCCAUAAUUCCACUCUCAUCACCUUUAUGGAGUUUGUCAACUCCCUUGGAAACGUUACAAUCAAGAAGCAUUCAUAGAGGUUCAGCUGCUGCGCUACUGCCUUCUUCAUCCCAUGCUCACCAAGCGGCACCAAUUGCGAAUAUUGGACAUAAUACCGCUUGGAUGUCGCCUCUCCCAUACCCCAACCCUUGGCUUACUUCUCCUCAGACCAGUGGGUUCGAUGUUGGUUCGCGUUUCCCCGGUUUCCCAAUCACCGAAACUGUAAAAUUGACACCCACAAAAGAACCGUCCUUACCUUACUCUGGCGGUAAGCAUGUUCUGACUGGAACUUCUGGCAAUGUUUUCAAAGGGACACAAACACUUGAGCCAGCCAGUACAGUUUUACCACCUGGUCAACAUUCCACUGGGACGAAAUCAAGGAAACGGAAAAAAAUGCCAGUCUCUGUGGACUCUGAUCCAAGCAUUGUAUAUUCGCUGCAGCAGACAGAAGUGGUUGUCUCACCUCUUGGUCCUAUAUCUACACCUGUACCUGUUACAGCUGCUCCGGGUAGUUUGGCUUCUAACGCAGGCACCCUACCCAGUGUUGGUUCCAUCUCUGCAGUCCCUAUGAACCUGGUAUCAACAUUCCCCGGGAAGAAAAUGAAAUCGUCUCUGCAGUCCCCAAUUUUUGGUGGUAACCUUGCAUCUGAAGUUAAGCAGAUAUCUGUUUUGCCGGUAGAUACCAUUGAUAAACUUAAUGAGGCUAAGAUGCAUGCAGAGGAUGCUUCUGCUCUUGCUACUGCAGCUGUUAGUCAAAGCGAAUACAUAUGGAAGCAGAUAGAGCAACAAAGGCAUACUGGCCUCCAGCCAGAAACUCAAGGCAUAUUAGCUUCCGCUGCUGUUGCCAUAGCUGCUGCCGCUGCAGUGGCAAAGGCUGCAGCUGCUGCCGCCAAUGUCGCAGCUGGUGCGGCAUUUCAGGCAAAAUUAAUGGCUGAAGAAGCAGACCUUCCAAGUGUUUCUUAUCAGGGUAAUGAACUCCCCAAGUCAAAUGAUGUAAUAACUCAAGGCCAGGGUACCCCUGCUUCUAUCUUGAAGGGUGAAGGUGCAGUGGUGAGCUCCAGUUCGUUCCUUAGUGCUGCUAGAGAGGCAGCUAAGAAGAGGGUUGAGGCUGCCACAGCGGCCACGAAACAAGCUGAAAAUAUGGAUUCCAUUAUUAAGGCAGCAGAACUGGCAUCAGAGGCGGUUUCACAAGCUGGAAUACUUGUUUCAAUGGGUCAUCCUCCGUCGCUCAAUAAGCUGGUGGAGGUGGGUCCAAGUGGUUACUGGAGGCAGGCUCGAGAAUCCGUGGAAGUUCAGCCCUGUAAAGUGGGUGUAUUAGAAAAAGAAACUGUGACUACUAGUGAUAGAGCUUUUGCUAGUCCCAGCACUACGCAUACUGAGUUGGAUGGCUCUCGGAGAACAGCUGGUGGUCAAGGUCUAGUUUCUACCACUGGAAAGAAAACAAAUGGACGGAAAGGUCAUAUAAGUGCAGACUUGGCUAAACACACGGCUGUAGCUUUCGAGCCAGCAGUUGGGUCAAAAUCUUCGAUUGACACCCAGACUGAAAGUGAGCAGAUUAUGAAAAAAACAAACGACGAGUGCAUCAAGGAAGGUUCUCAAGUAGAGGUUUUCAAGGAAGGACCUGAAUUAAGAACUGCAUGGUACUCUGCCAAUGUAUUGGGCUUAGAGGAUGGGAAAGCUUAUGUGCUGUUCAAUGACCUUUCUGUAGAACAAGGAACAGAUAAGCUGAAGGAGUGGGUAGCCCUCAAAGGUGAAGGUGAUGAGGCCCCAAAAAUAAGAACUGCUCGUUCUAUUACUGCCCUGCCAUAUGAAGGAACCAGGAAGAGACGUAGAGCUGCCAUUGGGGAUCCUGUUUGGAAAAUUGGGGACAGGGUAGACUCGUGGGUUCAUGACAGUUGGUUGGAGGGUGUUAUCACGGAGAAGAACAAGAAAGAUGAAAAUACAGUGACUGUGCAUUUUCCAGCACAAGGAGAGACUUUGACUAUCAAAGCUUGGAAUCUUCGUCCUUCUCUUCUAUGGAAAGAUGGAAAGUGGAUUGAAUAUUCUACUUCAAGGGAAAACAUCAGCUCGUCACAUGAGGGUGAUACCCCAAAGGAGAAGCGUCCUAGACUAGGACCUCCAGCUCCUGUGUCUGAAGGAAAAGACACGAAAAUGGAAACUGCUGAUGAUCCGGAUUUAGGUAAAAUGCCUCAAACUGGUGUUCUUGACCUCGGUGUUUCAGAGACUACAUUUAACAUCGGGACGAGUACCAGAGAAGCGGGCAAUCCUGGUCCACCCCGAAUGAAGAGGACAGGUUUACAAACGCAGGGAGCAAAAGUGAUUUAUGGUGUCCCUAAACCUGGAAAGACAAGGAAGUUCAUGGACGUGAGCAAACACUACGUCUCAGAGGCGAGCAAUCAAACUCGGAAACAGAAGGAACCAGCUAAGCCUGUGAAACCAAUUGUGCCCCAAAAUCCAGGACCAGGGAGCUGGAGAUUGCCUUCUAAAACCGUUUCCAGAGAGAGACAGACAACAACAUCGAAGCCCAAGAGUUUCAAACCUGCGCCCAAGACCAAAGAGAAACCGGUUGCUGCAUCUAGGAUAGUUCCCCGCAAGGACUCUCGUAAUACACCAGCCUCAAGUGUGGAAUCUGAUGAUGCCGUUGGUCAGAGUGGAGAGAACAAAAGUACCGCAUCUGGAACAGUUUCUAGUGUUACAUCCAAGGGAACAGGGGAAGGGCAAAAUAGUUCCUCGAGCACUACUGGUAAAGGGAAAGUGGCCCCUACUGCAGGGAGGUUAGCCAAGAUUGAAGAGGAAAAGGCGUUGGCUGAUAAUUCUUCAAAUGCAUCGGAUGGAAUGGAACCACGUAGAUCUGUCCGCAGGAUUCAGCCAACUUCUAGACUGCUUGAAGGUCUGCAAUCAUCGAUGAUGACCUCGAAGAUUCCUUCCAUGUCACAGGGCAGAAGUCACCAAAGUCGAAGCAAAAAGUAACCGUAGAGGCAAAUUAGGUGAUGGAAGGAGCAUAAGCUAAGUGCACAUAAAAACCUAAGAAGAAGAAUAUAUGUUAUUGGUGUUUGGUUGAAGCUCCGUUGUUGGUUGGGGGGGAGAGAUUAUAUGUUAUUGUAGGUGUGUUUUGAUGUUUAUUUAGUCGGAUGUUCUCUCUCUCUCACUCGAUGCGUCUCAGAGAGAUGAGAUGAAGAAGUAUAUUCGUGACAUCGUUGUUACUAAACAACAUUUUUAUUAUUGCCAAGUAUCAUCAUCAUCUUCC